UCGGAACGCAUCGGAGCCUCUCCGAGCCGAGACGGGAUCGCAUUGUCGUCCUUUUCUCAUUUUUUUCUCAUUCCAAUUUUAUAUCUCCCCCACAAUACUAUUACUCAUCAAUCCGAGAAACACAUGUGCUCAGCAUUUCUCGGAGUUGCAGACGUGGGUGCCAAUUAGCCAAUAAAAAACCCGGAGAGAAACGCCAAUUGCGAAAUUAUCGAAUAAUGUAAACUAGUGAAAUACCAAAGCGUCGAAAGGACAUUCUCUCGGUGUUUACAGAGGUAUUACUUUUCAUGAGGGCUCGUUCAAAGCAGCUGCUGUCCCAGUGAAAAUUCCUAGUCAGGAGGAAUAACAAUUGAAUAAUCAAUUAAUUGUCUAGUGGAGCGUAAACAAUGGUGAAUCUAGAAGUUUCCAAGGGGAUUGAGAGCAAAAUGACAGGUGCAGGAGUGAUACCAUCGGUGGCCGGUGGCACAGCAACGUUACCAAUAGCCUCAGUUCCUUUACCUGGUGAAAUAAAAAAGAGUUGGUUGAGACGUGUUGCACCAUGUCUGGCAUUUCUUGCAGCAUUUUCCACGGCGAUGGCUUUACUGCUGAUUUGGAGUGAAGCAGCUGCACAGAGGAGGCAAGCAUUCGACGCAAACAUGACAAGGGAUUAUGUUUUUGGGGUCUCAAUGGACAAUCCUCAGUUGGUAGCUUACAUCCGUGAGAUGCAUUUCAAGAAGCCAUCGAACCUAGAACUUCACAACAUAACCGAAACUCCCGAGGAGAAGUUCUUGGUGAAUUUUUUCAAGAGCAAACGUGAUGGAGUUUACCUCGAAUACAUUAAUCAUGCUGGUGCCAUCUCCACGAGCUCUUGGCUGGAGGCUUAUUAUGGCUGGCGUGGAUUGCUGGUCCUCACUGAUUUCAGAUCGUUCUUUGAAGCGUGCAAGAGCUACCGUAAUCCAAGGACACGUGCUCUCCAUGCUUGUUUGAGCACCGACAAAGAUACCAAAGAGAUUACGUAUCAUCAAGAGUCAGAGGUGCGAGUUACCAAGCUGAGCGAAGGUCCAAAUAGUUUGAUAUUCUCUGACGAGGGUCUUCCAACGAUGAGGCUCAAGUGCUUCCCACUUUACAGUGUCCUCCUUGCUUACAAUCAAACAGCCAUUGAUUACUUUAAUCUCGAUAGCAUUGACUCGUCUGACAGUCAGGUGCUAGAUACCAUUCCCUGGGACGUUAUUAGAAUAUCAGUCCUCUCGAUUCGUACAAGUAAUCAUCAAAGUGAGGCCGAUGUGAGAUCUCUCAUCGAUAAAUUAUCAGCCAGGCGAUAUAAGCUCGUUAACACGACUGACACUGGUAAACUCAUAUUUACAUACUCGAGAUUACUAAAAAUCUAGAAAUUAUCAGAAAAUAAUUAUAAUUGAAGAUGAUUGCCAGUGUAGGUACUAGUAAAAUAUUGAAAAAAUCGUGUCAACCCAUCGAAUCUCCCAAUCUAUUAUCCAUAUUUUCUUUUUAUCAUUAAAAAAAAAAUCAUCGUAGGGAUUUAUUUUAUACGAUGAACCGAAUCGUGUGUCAGCUGUAGUUUAAUUUGUUUUAUUGGACCACUGCCAAUGCAUUUUUAGUCCAUUUCCAUGUCAAUGUGUUUUCUACAAUUAUUUAAGUCAUCUUUGUCUUUUUUCUACCAUUUAUUUUCAUGCG